AUAGUCCAUACCAGAGGAUCCUGAAUGCUCAGCGCGGGGUGGGAGCCUACAGCGCCUGGGAUCCGCCCCCUCGGGGACCUCCCCUCUGCAGCGGCUCGCACAUCUGGCCUUCCCGCGCACAUCUGGGCAGCCGGCUCCUUACUAUGAACGGCUCCCAGGCAGGCGCCGCAGCCCCAGCCACCUGGCUGGGCUGCUGCAAUCAGUCGGGGGUGGUGCCUGAGCCCCCGGAGGGGCCGGGCAUCGUGCAGGCGAUGGUGCUGGGCGUGCUGUCGCUGCUUGUGCUCUGCGGGGUCCUGUUCCUGGGCGGCGGCCUCCUGCUCCGUGCGCAGGGCCUGACGGCCAUGGUGCUCCGCUAGUGGCGCACGUCCCCGCGAGGCCGAAUCCAGCGCCGUUGGAGGUGAUGCCGACUCCUAGGCACCCGUGUGCUCUGGAGCGGGGGUCGUGGUGUCCAGGCGGCCCACGACUUGGCGUCGGGAGGCUGCUGCAGAGAGUGGGGCUGGAGUCCUCCCCAAGCCUGGCACCAAGCAGAUCCCUGAGCCUUGCCUGGUCUGUCUCCCAGAGAGCUCCGCUGCUGCCUGCGGCACUGGGGAUCUCCCGCCUCUUUGAUCCAGGAGUGGUGCAGACAGCUGACCUGGAGAGAGCUGGAUUGCUGUGAGGCCUCCUCCCCUCCACCCGGAUCCUUGCAUUCAACCCAGCCCUACCGUGCUCCACUCAGCCGCCUGCGGUCACCCUGGGCGUGGCUCCUGGAGUGAUCAAAUCCCCUGAGCACCCGCUGUGCGUCCAGGGCACUAGUGUGGACGUAUACUCUGUGAAGUCCGUGCAGCAGAUGCCGACUAUGCCCCCUGGCUUCCAGGCCUCUGAGGACAUGAGUGCAGCCCCUGUCCCUGUUCCAUCUCUGAUGGGACACAGGGCUGCUGUGGUCCAACAGGCCAGUGACCUGCCCUGCUGAGGGCUGUGGGUCAGUGUCACCCAUUUGGAGAUCUCGGGUGCCCCUGCAAUGCCCUACCGCUUCUGGUGGCUUAUUAUUAAAUGUGUUGGUAACGCA